AUGACAACCGAAGAUGUGAGAGAUGCACCACCCACCGACAAUGAAGACAUCUGUCCGGCGUGUUUGAACCUUGAAUACAACAGAUUCGAUGUGUCGGAAAGGCCAAGCGAGCCUGACCGCUACCCAGCACCCCGAUCUCGAAGAAUCAAUCGGGAGAGGAUCACAGAUGCCGCCCGGCAGUUCUGCCCUAUCUGCGCUGUCCUUGAUGAGGGCAUGGCAACUUUCUGGGGGGACGAGAGCUGGGAAGCUGAAGAGGAAAGCGAGUACUCGUACGAUGACAACACAACCGAAGAGAACGAAGACGGGACACACGACAGCGAGACGGGCGAUGAAGUCAACCAGGAUUGUGCCCAGAGCCUCGGAGGUUCAGAUCCAAACGUGUCUGGCUCAUCAGAAAACUCCUCCAAAGGGGAGCCAUACGGGAGGCCGAAUAUAAUCAUCGAGUUACGCCCUGGCAAGAGCCUCUUUCUCCGUCGUCUUGAUCUAAAGCUCAGGUCUGACUCGACAGACCGUCUUGGGCGAAUUGAGUUUUCUACAAACGAGAAUGAUCCCCGAAGUUCUUUUCAUUCAGCAUUCGGAAGAGGUGCGGUUCCUGUGUGUCACUUAAGCCCUGACUCGGCAGCGGGUAUUUUGAAGAGAUGGCUUAAAUCGUGCGACAAGCACGAACAAUGUUCAGUCAAGUCCCAAAGCCCACCAAAACGAUUGAUCUAUAUCUCGGACGAGCAGAGACUCAUAGAGACGAAAGAUCACCCGCUGAUCUGUUGGCCAUAUGCGACUCUCAGCCAUUGUUGGGGAAAUCUGAUCGAUGCGAAGCCGCUCCAGACGACAAAAGAUUCAUACGAGGCAAGAAUACGAGGGAUAGACUGGGAGGGACUCCCAACCCUCUUUCAGGACGUUAUAAUCCUCCUACGGAAGCUUGGCCUGUCCUAUCUUUGGAUUGACUCGAUGUGCAUAAUCCAAGAUGAUGUCGAUGACUGGCUUGAGCAGUCGGCACAAAUGGCCGGCAUCUACUCGCACAGCUACCUCAACUUGGCAGCCGCUACAUCUGAAAACUCGUCUCAAUCUCUCUUUAGAACAAGAUUCCAGGUUUUCGCAGACGUCGAUGCUAGUGUCAGCGCGCAAUCCGACUCCAGCCUACAUCCCGAUUCCAGCUGGUGGCCCAGCCCUGGAAUGCAUUGUGAAAGGUGGACAACGGGCGUGAUCCAGCCCAUGGACACUUCAACGGCGGCAGUUCUUGUUCGGCCGCCCAAUGUAUUGGGCCAUGGGUCCAUUUUUGGGGAUGAGUAUCUUGGCAGAGCGCUCGAAUGCCCGUUACUCGAUAGAGCGUGGGUCUACCAGGAGAAGUUGCUGGCACCCCGAACCGCCUUUUUCUCUUGCUCCGAGCUCAUGUGGCAAUGUCGAGAGUCUGUGGCUUGCGAGUGCAAAGACAUGGACAACAACUGGAAAAUAUUGCCAGAAAUGGAAUCCAUGCUCGAGAAACAGAGCCCAGCCCCUCCACUCCUCUUGGUUGAUUGCUGGGAGAAGAGAUGGUUCGACAAGAUUCAAAGAAACCCUCCAAGUGUGGAUGUUUCUCGGCAAGCUCGGGACUUUUGGCACACUGUCGUGACCCAGUAUGCCUCCAUGUCUCUGACGAAGGAGUCAGACCGGGCUUAUGCAAUUGCUGGAGUGGCCUUAAAGAUACAAGAGGUGACAAACGACAAGUAUCUUGCCGGCCUAUGGCUCCAGGACCUCCCGCUGGGCCUGGCCUGGGGUAAUUACCCCUUUUUAAAGGACUAUAAAAACGCAACCCGGCUUGGCGGCGGGAUCCCCUCUUGGUCCUGGAUGUCCCUACAAAGAGGAGGAUCAUACUUAUCAGCUGCCUACGGUUUACUCGAAAGCUUUGAGACGGAUCCUCGGGUUCGCAUCAUUGAAGAGGGGACGUGGUGUAGAACCGACGGCCACCAGUUUGGGGCUGUUCGAUCUGGCCAGAUCGAGCUCGAGGCUGCUUCGCUGGCUGUGGCCAUCUCGAUUAAUGAAGAGUCAAACACAGGGUUUUCCUUCAGCAUCCCUGGGGGUGAUGAUGAAGAUGAUGAUGUCCACCAAUUCCUGGCGGAUUGUCCUUGCGACCCUACAGAAGGGUUAAAAGAUGGGGAUUCCGUGCUGUUGUUAUUACUGGGGAAGGUAACUCUGAUUAAACCUUUGGGCAUCUGCCUUGCUGUGAAGCCUGUUGAGGAUAUCCAAGGCGCGUAUCGUCGAGUUGGUGUUGUUUUUGAUGAUGUUGAUAUCCCGGAAAGGGGAGCACUCCCCUCGAGGUUUAUUCUUAUCUAA